AUGCUAAAAGAAAGAAGAAAUUUAAUCUAUAAACGUUAUUGUUAUUUUUCAAAUCGUUCAAUAUUAUGUCCACCUAUCUCAUCAUUAAUAUUUGAUCAUUUAUCUAAUGUAUGGUCGGCUAGUUCAUAUUCUGAACAGCUUCAUAAAUGGGGACUUCAAUGUAGUUCUGUUUAUGGAAUAUUUGAAGGUGUGCGUCCUGUCUAUGUUGUAUCUGAUACGAACCCCAUUAUCAGAUCGAAUCGAUUAUUAGGUCAAGAUCGUCUUCAUGUUUUUGCAACAAAUUCCAAUGAACAAUGGAAAAGACAAAGAACAAUAUUAAAUCCAACAUUUAGUACAUCAAAAAUGAAACGAUUACUACCAAUGAUGAAUUCAUCUAUUAACAUUUUUAUCGCACAAUUAUUUAUGAAAACGAAUGAAAACAAGAUAAAUAUUUUAGAUUUCUAUAAAAGAUUAACAAUAGAUAUUAUUUGUAAGAAAAUGAAAAUAUUUUAUCAAAUACAAAUAUUUUUAUUUUUCGAAGUUCGCUGCGCCUUUGGGAUUGGUACACAAGUACAACAUGAUAUUAAUCAUGAAAAUAUUUAUAUGAAAAAAGUGCAAGAAGUCUUAGGAAAAGAUUUUGGGCGAUCAUAUUUAGCACGAAUACAUCGAAUUAUGUCUUGUUCUUUCUUAGCUAAUUUAUGUUCAUUUCUAUUUCGUCGUCAAUAUAUGUUCGAAUAUGAAAAAUCUUCACUUCCAGCUAAUUUUUGGCUUAUUAAUCAUAUUCAUCAAUUUAUACAAGAAAGAUUUCAAAAAAACCAUCAGCAGACAACGAAUGAUCUUCUACAAUUAAUGAUUGAUGCUCUUCAAUCCGAUAAAAAUCAGCUAUCUUCAUCUGAAUUACUAAACAAAGUUUAUUUAAUGUUGGCCGCAGGUUUCGCAACAACAUCUACGGCAUUAGGCUAUUGUACUUAUCGUUUAGCAAUUCAUCAAGAUAUUCAAGAAAAAAUUUAUCGAAAAAUCAUUAAAUAUAAAUCGUCAGAUUUUAACUCUCAUGAAACAAUAACCAAUAAAUUAAUUUACAUGGAUAUAUAUAUUCGUGAAGUUUUACGUAUGCAUCCAAUUGCUAUUCAACCUGUUCAUCGUCAAUGUAUGCAAGACACUUAUGUUGAUAAAUCUUAUUUUGAAAAAGGAACAUUGAUUCAAGUUGGUGUUCUUUCUCUUCAUUAUGAUAAUGAAUAUUGGGGACCUGAACCGGUUCUUGAAUUUUAUCCAGAACGGCAUGCUUGUAAAAGACAUCCGCUUGCUUUUAUGCCGUUUGGUGGUGGACCAAGGAUAUGUCGUGGAAUAAGAUUUGCUUUUCAUAAGUCCUCAUUGUUUUUGCACAUUUUGCAUGUCUAA